CUAGUCAACGGUCCCGGCCGCAGUUCUCGCCUCACUCUCAGCUCGCGACGGAGCAACCCCCGUAGUCACGACCGACCAUCAGACCGACAAGCCGGACGCGACCUCCUGCUCGGCCCCCGGACGACAUGAUAGGUGGCCGCCCGCUCGGUUGGCGAGAACUAAAGGACGACGAGCCAACAGCAGCCCACCGGUCCGGGGACUCUCAUAGCCAGAAAUCCGACUCGAUGCGGACCGGGGCUAUCGAGCUGGGAGACACCGGGGCGAGACGCGGCGGUCCGUCUAAGAGCACCGACCCCGAGCGGCUCGACAGCGGUGGUGGUGGCGGCGAUCCCGCCGCGGGGGACGUUGCCUCCCCGAGCGGGGAAUACAGGGUCUAUAAGAGGCGGUGGUUCGGCCUAGUACAACUGACGUUGUUAAAUAUAAUCGUCAGCUGGGAUUGGCUGACCUUCUCGCCCGUUGCGUCACACGCGGCCACCUACUUCAACACCGAUGCGACGACCGUCAACUGGCUCAGCACGGCCUUCCUCUUCGCCUUUGUCUUCAUCACCCCCGUCGUCAUCUACGUCCUCCACUUCGGACCCCGGCCGGCCAUCAUCAGCGCCGCCGUGCUGGUCCUUGUCGGAAACUGGAUCCGCUAUGCAGGUUCCCACUCGCGCGACGGCGGCAUCUUUGGCGUGGUCAUGUUUGGCCAGAUCCUGACGGGGCUGGCCCAGCCUUUCGUGCUGAGCGCCCCGACGAGAUAUUCCGAUCUGUGGUUCACGAACCGUGGCCGGGUGGCCGCCACGGCUGUCGUGAGCCUGGCGAAUCCCUUCGGCGCGGCCCUGGGGCAGCUUAUUGUCCCGUUCUGGGUCGACAAGCCAGCCGAUGUGUCUAACAUGGUUCUCUACGUCGCCAUCAUUUCAUCAGUCUGCUCGAUCCCUUCCUUCUUCAUCCCCGCCAAGCCUCCCACCCCGGCCGCACCAUCCUGCGAGACCCCGAAGAUGAGCCUGACGGACUCGGCCAAGGUCCUCCUUGGCCACCUCGAGUUCUGGCUCCUCAUGAUCCCCUUCGCUGUCUACGUCGGCUUCUUCAACUCCAUCUCGUCGCUGCUCAACCAGAUCAUGCAGCCGUACGGCUUCGACGAUGAGCAGUCGGGCAUCGCGGGCGCGCUUCUGAUCUUCGUCGGCCUCGCCGCCGCGGCCGUCACGUCCCCGGUCCUCGACCGCACCAAGCGCUUCCUGCUGGCCAUCAAGAUCGCCGUCCCCGUCAUCGCCCUGUGCUACCUCGUCUUCGUCUGGAUGCCGGGCACGCGCGCCAUCGCGGGGCCCUACGCCGUCCUCGCCGUCCUCGGCGCCUCCUGCUUCGCCCUCGUCCCCGUCGCCGUCGAGUACCUCGUCGAGCUGACCCACCCCAUCAGCCCCGAGGUCACGUCGACGCUCGCCUGGAGCGCCGGCCAGCUGCUCGGGGGCUGCUUCAUCAUCAUCUCGGACGCGCUCAAGGCGGGGCCCGACGCGAGCCCGCCGAACCACAUGCAGAAGGCGCUCAUCUUCACGGCCGUCGUGUCGUUGGCCGUUAUGCCGCUGCCGUUGUGUCUGGGUUGGUUCGGCCGUGACGAGAAGGUGGUGAUGAAGAGGGUCCUCUCGGACGAGGGAGCGGCGCGGAACUCGAACUCGUCGUGAUGAUGCCUGGUCAUGCUGUAUAUCUACGUCUAUAUGUCUACCUAGUCAUGUUGUAAUAUGCUUAGGGGGAAGCUCACCCCAAGUGGUUUUAAUAGCGUGGUCUGAAUUUGGUAAUUACGAUUAGGUAUGGGUAU